CGGCGGCGGCGGGCGAUGGAGCUGCGGCCCGAGCGGGCGGAGGAGGCGCGCGGCGGGGAGCGCAUCUCGCUGCUGCUCAGGCUUAGAGCACAGAUGAAACAGCAACUUUUAGAAUACAAGUCGAUGAUUGAUGCAAAUGAAGAAAAAACUCCCGAACAAGACAUGCAAGAAAAACAAAUGGAAACUAAAAUUGAAAGCUUGGAAAAUGAGAUUGAAGAUGUGAAAACUGCUUUUGACAUUAAAAAUCUUGUAUUGAGCAGGAUGCAACUCUCAUCUGCACUUAAGAAUAACUUGGAAAACACAGCCACCGAGAGUAGUGAGUUAAUGGAUGACCUGAAUGACAUAUUAAAGCUAAAUAAACUGAUAAUGACAUCACAGCAGGAAUCUCGGGAAUUAGAGAAAAAGCUUCUUGAUGUCCGAAAGAAGAGACUGCAAUUAAAGCAAGCUUCGGGAAGAAAGCUUUUAGAAAUACAGACAGAGAAGAACAAACAGAAGGAGGAACUGGACAGUGUGGAAAACUCAGACAAGAUAAAGACCAUGCAGCACAACCUGCAGAUGGAAAUGCAAACCACCACAGUUGUUCAGCACGUGUUCCAGAACCUCAUUUUGGGAAGUAAAGUCAACUGGGCCGAGGACCCCGCCCUCAAGGAGACUGUUCUGCAGCUUGAGAAGAACGUCACCAUGAUCUAAUGAUGAGAUUGUGGCAGUUUUAAAGUGAUUUUUGUGCCGGGCGUGGUGGCGCACGCCUUUAAUCCCAGCACUUGGGAGGCAGAGGUAGGAGGAUCACCAUGAGCUCAAGGCCACCCGGAGACUACAUAGUGAAUUCCAGGUCAGCCUGAGCUAGAGCGAGACCCUACCUCAAAAAAUAAAUUAAUUAAUUAAUUAAAUAAAAUGAUUUCUGUCCUUGAUAUGCCAUUUAAAUAGCAUAUUUCAAGGGAAGUGUAUUAGUACAUUUGGAACCAUUCCAAUGUUGCAAUUUUUUGUUGUUGCUGGCUUGAGUGAUUGUAUAGUGUGGAAUGUUAUGUUUGAAAUACUAUCGUUAAAGUAAUCUUCAUACUAUGAAAAGGGUUGACCAUCUCCACCUUGGAAGGAAGAGUCUGGUCCAGCUUCCAUAGACUGUGGACAUUUUUUCACAACAUUCUUGGCAGUCUCAAUUCUUUUUUUUUUUUUUUUUAAUUCUUCAGUGCGUCUAUACAUUGGAUCAUCAACCCAAAUGUUAAAAAGUAUAUCUAAA